AUGAGGAAAGGGGACAAGAUUUUACUGCUGGCUAUCGUGCCCAUUUAUGCUACUCUCGAUGUGUCCGAAGAUCUUGUGGGCCUGGAAUAUCAAUACUCAACUUUGGAUCACGUCCGCGAGAGAAGGCAAUCAGGAAAUUAUCGCACGUUGAAUCAAGCACCGCCUCAAAUCCAGCAGCUCCUGCAAGCCCAAAACUCUCGUCGUCCCCUCGUGCCCGUUCCAUCUCAGCCAAUCCCGAAACUAGGACCGUCUCAGCCCAUCCAGCCUCAACAGCUCUCUCAGGCACAGGUUUCGCAGUACAAACCUCAAGUUCAAUUCUCAUCGGGUGUCCAGCAACCGGAUUAUAGGGCAAUUCAAUCUAGCACCGGCGGUCAGUAUCAGCAACCGCUCCCUCAACAGUAUCGUCCUCUUCCUCAAGGGCAAAACUAUAAUCCGCAACAACCGCAAUACUCUACCAAAUUACCACCUCAUCUGCAACAAUUGUUGCAGUACCAAAGUAACUUGGCCAAUGCUAUUCCUCGAAGAGCAUAA